AUGAAGUCAUCGCGAUCACGUCCUGCCAACUCGACAACAAUCUCAUCUCGACAUACUCGCGUUGGUGGCAGUGAAAAAGUCAACGGCGGUAUUCUGCCGAUUUUACCAUGGAUGGCUGGCUCAUACUGCUUACCGGAAUCGGGAUUAUGCAGCUACGGCGCAGACGACUCAUUGGAUCGGCUUUGUAAAAGCAUGUUUCGACGCGUGUCGGCCUACAGCUCAAGAACAAGUACUGAGAAGGACAACUCGUUCAGCGAUCAUCAAUUUGAUUUUGUAGUUCGUUUCAAAGUAGAACUCGAAGUUCACCUAUCCAACUACUUUGGAACACGAGUGAUGCUACUGGCUCGACUUUCGAAUGGCUUUGGCACACGUUCAUGCGAUGUCGACAUGAGUUUAUCGUUUCCUGCUGGUCCACCAAGAAAAGUGCUAAUGGGUGGAGUGGUGUGUCCGGAUUAUGGUGAUUGCGCAGAGGUAGCCGAAGCUCUUGGUCGGCUAUCCAGAACGCAGCGUGAUGAAGACAGUACAUAUUUGCGGCGAAGGUACCUAUUGUACGAUUCCGUGGAAAGGACAUGGACAUCGAAGCAGAUAUUAGCUAUCGUAAUGACUUGGCGUUACAUAACACUCAACUUUUGCGCCAGUACUGCAAAUGGGACGAGGAUCGUUUGCCAACACUUGGAAUAUGGGUGA